AUGGAGGCCAAAACCAGAAACCUACGCAUCCAGCAAAACACAAUCCUGGCACAACCAGACAUCAAAACAAACCCUGACAGCCAACAUGAGACCAGCCUGCUACUAAAUUGCAUUAGCGACCUCAAACGCCAAAGAAACGACUGCAACCACAAAAUAUUCUCAGCCCAAUACAGAAUAAUGGGUGAAACUAAAACCCACUCUGACCACAUGGCAGAACUUGCUCGUGACUACCAUGAUAAGGUACAAACAGACUCUGAAGAACCUAGCUUUGCCUCACUCACUCUAGCCACCUGCACAGCCACACAAGCCGUCGACCAUCGCCUAUCUAAUGACACAUCCGAACUCCUAUCUGACCUUUUAACAUACCAAGACAUAGCAUCAGCUCUCAACAGCCUCUGGCAAAGCACCAGGCCUUGA